UUUUCUCAGCGUUUACCUUUGCUGAACAGUGAUGUUAAUGUCAUUGUAGCAGGUAUUUUUAUGUUAUAUUAAUAGUGCCUUAGUAGUUUUUAGUAAACAGAAAAGGAGUUUAUCACUGCUUUGAGGUCAAGAAAAUAAAGUUAAAGUGAAAGAAACCAAAUUUAGGCCUCACUCCUUGAGAGCCCUCAUACAAUUCCAACACUUGCCCUGUGUCAUCCUACAACAUCACAGUGUGAGAUGAGUCUGCAUGAAUGAGCAUUAUCACUCUAUUGAUAAUGCAGAAGAUUUUCUUAUGUAGUCAUGUACACGUACGCAAAAGUGUAUCUGCGUGGGUUUGUUCAUUUGUGUGUUCAUUUAGUGAAGGUAUCAGAGCAGAAGAUAUAUGUAUAAAGGAUGGCGAUAGGACGAGUGAAGUAUGUUUACACUGAGUGGAGGACACAAUGUUCAUCUAGCUUCACAUUGGAAAAGGCUCUAUAUAGCAGCAACAGUCAGUCACAGCAAUGGUGAAUUCAGGAAGGAAACUAGGCCUCAGAGACGCUAUCGCAGGUGCCACUGUGCUCACAAGAUAACAUUUCAAAGUGCUUGACCUGGAGGCCAUAUGGGUAUUUGUGGGCCUGAUACGUUUGUCAUGAAUUUCCACUGAUGCUUUUAUGCUUUAUUUCAGUUAUAGUGUCAUUUUGUGUAAGCUGUAACUGCACAGAUGAAGAAGCCGAGACCUCAGGUGAUCAGGCAGGCCGCUUGAGACACAUGUGGCUGCUCUCAAUGAGGGAUGCAAAGAGGAGAGAGAAAGGCAAAUCUAAAAUCAACUGUAUAUGUUUGAGAGCUGUUAAUAUGAGUGUUUGAAGUAAGUCAUGGCUGAUCCAGAGGAAUUGGAGUCUACAGCAGGUGUAGAUGUUGAGGCUGAUGGAAAUGGAGAAUCUGUUCCCUGUAAAGACUGCUCACAAACAGAUGGUCAGGGAGCAGCCGAUCAGAUAUAUCCAGAGAAAAUAGAGGUGGUCUCUGUAACCGAGGAAGACAUUUCUGCUAUGGAUCCCCCGGCCCUGCUGAAAGUCAGUCCCCUGGACAGUUCAAGUGCCAGUCCUGCACCAGAUGACAGCACUGUCAAACCUACUUUUGAAGUCACUUCCAAAGACCCUCUAACAGAAACCCCCUCAGCUCAGCCCAGCCUUUCAAUGCCAGUUACCAAAGUCCAGCCCUUUGUUACAGCAGAGGAGAAAACAUUCCGUGGGAGCCUGUUUGCACGCAGGAUGGAGAUACUGAUUGGAGCUUGUGUCCUGAUUACCCUCAUUAUUGUGUUUGGAAUUGGACUGGGCGUUGGCAUGAGCUGUGCGGGGAAGUUUCGAUGUGGCUCCUCUGGGUGUAUUAGCAUGUUGCUACAGUGCGAUGGACAUUUAGACUGUGAACACGGAGAAGAUGAGCUCAGUUGCGUGCGCCUGAGUGGGAAGAGCUCUGUACUGCAGGUGCUCACUAAUGGAGUCUGGAGAACUGUUUGUGCCGAUAACUGGGACUCUGACCUUUCCCUCUCUGCUUGCAAACAGCUUGGCUAUUCUAGAUUUAUGGAGUCGAAAGCUCUUCCUCUGUUGUCUAUUGAGCAGGACUUCCAAAGUAACCUGGUGUCAAUAAGUUUGAACCACACAAGUUCCCAGCAAGCUAUCAAGAUACACAACAUAACUAAUUUCAGUAAAUCCCAGUGCAGUCUGGGGAAGGUAACAACACUUAAGUGCAUAGCUUGUGGAUCCAGACCUAAGUUCAAUGCUCGUAUAGUUGGCGGUAACCUAUCAGUUGAGGGCCAGUUCCCCUGGCAGGUGAGCCUACACCUUCAGAACGUGCACAUGUGUGGAGGCUCCAUCAUAUCAUCUCGCUGGAUACUGACUGCUGCACAUUGUGUGUACGAGUAUGCAUACCCUAUGCUUUGGACCGUCUAUGUGGGAUUGAUAGAACUGCCGGUGAACGCAGUGCAGUCUCUCGGCGUGGAGAAGAUCAUCUUUCACAGACGCUACAGACCCAAGGGCUUGGACCAUGAUAUUGCUCUGAUGAAACUGGUGCAGCCCCUCAUCUUUAAUGGUUUUGUGGAGCCUAUCUGUCUGCCGAACUUUGGGGAGGAGUUUGAGGACGGUAAAAUGUGCUGGAUCUCAGGAUGGGGCGCCAUAUUUGAUGGUGGGGAAGGGAGUAAGUCAAUGCUUUCAGCACGAGUCCCACUCAUUUCUAACAAGGCCUGCAGUCAUCCGGAGGUUUACCAAGGCUAUAUAUCACCAGGCAUGAUCUGCGCAGGGUACCUGGAGGGGGGAACAGACUCCUGCCAGGGUGACAGUGGUGGUCCACUGGCUUGUGAGGAUUUCUCAGUCUGGAAAUUGGUGGGGGCCACAAGCUGGGGACAAGGCUGUGCUGAAAAGAACAAACCUGGGGUUUACACACGCAUCACACAGUCCCUCACCUGGAUACAUCUGCAGAUGGAGAGAGAAGAAAUGCAGCAUCCUUCUACUGUCAGCUCUGAUUAUUGACAGCCUCACAGUUUAAUUGUGGGAAAUCAGCAUCAGGGCACUGAAUCCAGGCAGAGACUCCACAGAAAAACUAAACUCUGCCACACACACCACUGUAUGUCACAAGGAGGCACACUGGAAGAAAUGUUUUAUUGCAUGCACUCAAAUCUGGAAAAGUUUUAUUUGGUGUAAGUAGUCUUAUACAGUACUUGCUAUUUUAAGAAAUACCUGUCAAACAAUCCUCUGGUGUGUCAUGAAUGAGUAAUUACACAAAUGUUUCCAAAGACAAAGAAGUGACAAUGCAAUAAAUAGGGAGAAAAAAGGACAAAGGCCCCAUCCAUGCGAAAAUUAUUUUCAUAGUUGCAAACCUUUGUAAAGCUUUAAUGUUAUACUAUUGUAGUGUUUACAGUCAUUAAAUAAUUGUUAAAAAAACAGCACACAUUUAACAACAUUUAAUAUAAAAUGGUGACAACAUA